CGCGCCCAGCCCCGCGCAGCGCCCGCGGGGGGCACGAUGCCCAACGGCCCCGGCCGCGGCCAGACUCUUAAGAUGUCCCUGCCCCGGAGGUCGUGGACCCGCACGUCCGUAGGACCUGUUCGUUCUUCUUCGGGCUACAAGAAGGCAGAUGACGAGAUGUCCCGGGCCACGUCUGUUGGGGACCAGCUGGACGCACCAGCCCGCACCAUUUACCUCAACCAACCGCAUCUCAACAGAUUCCGUGACAACCGGAUCAGUACGGCCAAGUACAGCGUGUUGACGUUUCUACCUCGAUUCUUGUAUGAGCAGAUCAGGAGAGCUGCCAAUGCCUUCUUCCUCUUCAUUGCCUUAUUACAGCAAAUUCCAGAUGUUUCUCCAACAGGAAGAUAUACCACCCUGGUGCCGUUGAUCAUUAUUUUAACAAUCGCAGGCAUCAAAGAGAUUGUAGAAGAUUUUAAGCGACAUAAGGCAGACAAUGCAGUUAACAAAAAGAAAACGAUAGUGUUAAGGAAUGGUAUGUGGCAUACCAUUAUGUGGAAAGAGGUAGCCGUGGGAGACAUCGUGAAGGUCGUCAACGGGCAGUGUCUUCCCGCAGAUGUGGUCCUGCUGUCCUCCAGUGAACCUCAGGCAAUGUGUUAUGUUGAAACAGCCAAUCUCGAUGGGGAGACGAACCUUAAAAUACGUCAGGGUGUGAGUCACACGGCUGACAUGCAGGUGAGGGAGGUGCUGAUGAAGUUGUCUGGGAGCAUAGAGUGUGAAGGGCCCAAUCGCCACCUCUACGAUUUCACCGGAAACUUGAACUUGGAUGGGGAAAGCCCUGUUGCCCUUGGGCCCGACCAGAUCUUAUUAAGAGGUACACAGCUUAGAAAUACUCAGUGGGUGUUUGGCAUAGUUGUUUAUACUGGACACGACACCAAACUCAUGCAGAAUUCCACCAAAGCGCCUCUCAAGAGAUCGAAUGUGGAGAAAGUAACUAAUGUGCAGAUCCUGGUACUCUUUGGCAUCCUCCUGGUCAUGGCCUUGGUGAGCUCGGUGGGAGCCCUGUACUGGAAUGGGUCUCAAGGAGGAAAGAACUGGUACAUCAAGGAGAUGGACACGAGCUCAGACAAUUUUGGAUAUAACUUGUUGACAUUCAUCAUCUUGUACAACAACCUGAUUCCCAUCAGUCUACUGGUGACCCUCGAGGUUGUGAAGUACACACAAGCCCUCUUCAUAAACUGGGACACAGAUAUGUAUUAUCUAGGAAAUGACACUCCUGCCAUGGCCAGGACAUCAAACCUUAAUGAAGAGCUUGGGCAGGUAAAAUACCUGUUUUCUGACAAAACUGGAACUCUUACAUGCAAUAUCAUGAACUUCAAGAAGUGUAGCAUUGCGGGGGUAACCUAUGGUCAUUUUCCAGAAUUGACAAGGGAACCAUCAUCAGAUGAUUUCUGCCGGAUACCGCCUCCGCCUAGUGACUCAUGUGACUUUGAUGACCCCAGACUCCUGAAGAACAUUGAGGAUCAUCAUCCCACAGCCCCCUGCAUCCAGGAGUUCCUCACCCUCCUGGCCGUGUGCCACACCGUGGUCCCCGAGAAGGACAGAGAUAACAUCAUCUACCAGGCCUCCUCCCCAGAUGAAGCUGCUUUGGUGAAAGGGGCUCGAAAGCUGGGCUUCGUCUUCACAGCCAGAACGCCCUACUCCGUCAUCAUAGAGGCCAUGGGACAGGAGGAGACAUUUGGAAUCCUUAAUGUCCUGGAGUUUUCUAGCGACAGAAAAAGAAUGUCUGUAAUUGUGCGAACCCCUUCAGGACAGCUUCGACUCUAUUGUAAAGGGGCUGAUAGCGUGAUUUUUGAGAGACUUUCUAAAGAUUCAAAAUACAUGGAGGAAACACUAUGCCAUCUGGAGUAUUUUGCCACGGAAGGCUUGCGGACCCUCUGUGUGGCUUACGCCGACCUCUCUGAGGGUGAUUAUGCAGAGUGGCUCAAAGUCUACCAAGAAGCCAGCACCAUCUUGAAGGACAGAGCUCAGCGGCUGGAAGAGUGUUACGAGAUCAUUGAGAAGAAUUUGCUGCUUCUUGGAGCCACAGCCAUAGAAGAUCGUCUUCAGGCAGGCGUGCCAGAAACCAUAGCAACUCUGUUGAAGGCAGAAAUUAAAAUAUGGGUGUUGACGGGCGACAAACAAGAAACUGCAAUUAACAUAGGCUAUUCCUGCCGGUUGGUGUCACAGAACAUGGCCCUUAUCCUACUGAAGGAGGAUUCUUUGGACGCCACGCGGGCAGCCAUUACUCAGCACUGCGCUGACCUUGGGAGUCUUCUGGGCAAGGAGAACGACGCGGCCCUCAUCAUCGACGGGCACACCCUGAAGUACGCGCUGUCCUUCGAGGUCAGGAGAAGCUUCCUGGACUUGGCCCUCUCGUGCAAAGCGGUCAUAUGCUGCAGAGUGUCCCCCCUGCAGAAGUCGGAGAUAGUGGAUGUGGUGAAGAAGCGGGUGAAGGCCAUCACCCUGGCCAUCGGGGACGGUGCCAAUGACGUCGGGAUGAUCCAGACGGCUCACGUGGGUGUGGGCAUCAGUGGCAACGAGGGCAUGCAGGCCACCAACAACUCGGAUUACGCCAUCGCACAGUUUUCCUACUUGGAGAAGCUCCUGCUGGUUCACGGCGCCUGGAGUUACAACCGGGUGACCAAGUGUAUCCUGUACUGUUUCUACAAGAACGUGGUCCUGUACAUCAUCGAGCUUUGGUUCGCCUUUGUUAAUGGAUUUUCUGGGCAGAUUUUAUUUGAACGUUGGUGCAUCGGCUUGUACAACGUGAUUUUCACGGCGCUGCCCCCCUUCACUCUGGGCAUCUUCGAGAGGUCAUGUAGCCAGGAGAGCAUGCUGAGGUUCCCGCAACUCUACAAGAUCACCCAGAACGCCGAGGGCUUCAACACCAAGGUUUUCUGGGGUCAUUGCAUCAACGCCUUGGUCCACUCCCUCAUCCUCUUCUGGUUUCCCAUGAAAGCACUGGAGCACGAUACUGUGUUGGCCAAUGGUCAUGCCACAGACUAUUUAUUUGUUGGAAAUAUCGUUUAUACGUAUGUUGUUGUUACUGUUUGCCUGAAAGCCGGUUUGGAGACUACAGCUUGGACAAAAUUCAGUCACCUGGCCGUCUGGGGAAGCAUGCUCAUCUGGUUGGUGUUUUUUGGCAUCUACUCAACCAUCUGGCCCACCAUUCCCAUCGCUCCAGAUAUGAAAGGACAGGCAGCCAUGGUCCUGAGCUCUGCGCACUUCUGGCUGGGAUUAUUUCUGGUUCCUACCGCGUGUCUGAUGGAAGAUGUGGUGUGGAAAGCGGCCAAGCACACCUGCAAGAAAACACUUCUGGAGGAGGUGCAGGAGCUGGAAAGGAAGUCCAGGGUGAUGGGAAGAGCGAUGCUCCGGGACAGUAACGGAAAGAGGACCAACGAGCGAGACCGGCUGCUCAAGAGGCUGGGCAGGAAGACGCCGCCCACCCACUUCCGGGGCAGUUCCCUCCAGCAGUCAGUGCCACAUGGGUACGCCUUCUCGCAAGAGGAGCACGGGGCCGUGACUCAGGAAGAAAUAGUCCGCGCCUACGACACCACCAAACAGAAAUCCAGGAAGAAGUAAGACGUGGUCUCCCGGUGGAGCCUCAGAAAGAGACGGUCUGCUGCACCCAGUGUUAACACGUGCUUGUCAGAAGAGACGGGUGUCAGUGGCCAAAACACCGGAAACACAUCCCGUGGCCUUAGCCCACCCAUUUGUUAGUUCUCGAUGCCCUCAGAAACCUGGACACAGGCCGCAGGGGAAGCCACCUUCCCCCUUCCCACUCGUCCAUCCUUAGUGCUUGGCCUGACUUUUGUUUACGCUGUUCCGAAGCAUUCAACUGUGCCCUGUGAGGUGUGAAAUUAAAAACAUUAUGCUUCACCAGUAUUUCAACAUAAGUCCCGGCGGUUCUGGGAGAAGACAGAGUGGGUUUCACGGUGCAUGAGAAACCCACCUGGUGGGGCUGCAGUAGGCACGCCGACUUCCUGUGUUGUCAACGCACAGAUUCGGUCCGUGGUCAGCGUGUAAACCUCACUGGAGGCAAGCUGCCAGCUUGCUUUGAUUCCCCCCUUUGUUUGUAUGAAGUUGGCAUAAACGUCCUGAUGGCAGUGAAUCACAACAUAGAUAUCUGGGUGGUAAACCUGAGAACGAUUAUUGGAACCUCAGUCACAUUCCCAGCAGGGCGGGCCCGUCGGGGUCCCCAUGGUCCCUGCACCCUUGCUGCCCGGGCGCCCCACACUCAGACCUGCUGCAUGGCUGUUCCCACGCUUGGUGCAUGGUGGCAGCGGGCACCCGCCCAGACCCCCGCCCUCCCUCCUUCUCCCCAGAUUCAGAUAUGGAUGCCAGAAACCCCUUCCUCUAUAACUAAAGAAACAUAGCGAUUCGCGUAGAUUCUAAGUGUCUGUUCUAUCUGCCUCUUUCUGACGACAGGGGAGCCUGCAGGUCAGGGCAAUGGUGGAGCCGCUGGGGCCCUGCCCGCCUUGGUCAGGCUCUCAGAACUCAUUUCCCGGCCUCCAGACCCCUGGACCUGGGCACCUGCUUAAAUUAGAACCCACGAUUGUUCUCUUGGGAGCUCAGAGCACAUUUUGCCUUUUGAGUGAAUUUAUAGCGCAUCAUCCCAACGAAGGCGCACACCUGUCGCUCCGGAAUCGGAGCCGAUGAGUGAGUAACCCAGUGGGGAGAGGGAGGCCCCCGAGGCUGCUGAGGAAGACGACCGUUGGAGGGAAGCAAGGGCACGGAGACACUUUUCCUGCAAAUCUCAGUAGAAAUUUCUGAAAUCAAGCCCUGAAGCCCAGACAGUUGUCAUGAUCAGCCUCAGGUGUCCAUGGACACGGGUUUUAAGUGAACAGAACUCCAAACAUUUCAAGGAAACGGCCUUCCUUACACUGACAGGUUUUCCUUCCUUAUCCAGCCAGUGCUAGACGCAGGCGGCUCUCUGCACGUGAGGGGCCCUGAAUCUCAGCCGAGGAAGGGGAGUGCCGAGUGCCCCUCUGGGGAGGGCUGAGCCAAGUUAGGAAAUGAAACAACAGGGCAUUCUGCUUCCUCCCCGUCAUUUCGGAGCACCCGCAUCUCACCGGGCAUGGAGAUAAUUUAGAGUACGAUUUGCGUGGACCACAAAGACGAAUCCCCCGCUCGUGAGGUGACGGGGACCCAGAGAGGGCUCCAGGGCAAGCAGAACAAUGCAGCGAACAGGCAGGUCCAGUUGCCACUCCUUCCUCCCCAAGGUCUAAGACAACUUAAACACUGGAGCACCUAGCAAGGUGAGUGGUUGAAGGACCGUCAUGCAGGAAUCACAACAGAAUACGUGCCUGUAAUUAACACAGCGGAGCAAGGUGGACGCAGGGAUAAAGUCCUGAGUGCAGAGGAGACACGAACAUUCUCACGGAGUCCUGUUAGGCACCCUGACGAUUUAGUUUCAUUUGGGAACUAAGCCUAGUUGGAAAAGGGAAUUCAGACUCAAUUCUCUGUCAGACACUUGGCUCGUUCUUGAACUUAAAGCCUUCCGGAUCAGAUUUGUGUAUUACGGUGUGCGCUUAUCUGGGGCUUUUUGGUUUUUAUUUUUUACAUUAAAAUACAGUUCAGA